AUGGAACACAAGCCCCAAGUCGCCUCGCCAACAACGGUCACGAGCGGUGUGAUAGUGCAGAGUUCGCUGGCGUCGUCGGUACCGGAGGCCGGAACCGAGGCGAGCGCAGGAAGUAGUCUCCUAGUCGGUGUCGGUAGCACGUCUACGUCCACGUCCACGUCCAUUCCCAACGCCACCUGUUCCGCUAGCAUUGCCACGUCCGCCACCCCCACCACCACAUCCUCCGCCGGCAGUUCCUUAGCUAGUAGCGUAGGGUCGUCAGGAGUUCUUGCAGGCGAACGAUUGCACCAGGAGCUCGGACCGGGCGCAAUCCCGAAGGCCAGCAUCGGCAAAGGAUCACCGUGCGCCAUCGCGACACCCGUGAAGGGAUCGAACGUUUCCGCGGGCAGCACCACCACCGGCUCCAACUCGUGCAUUCCGAGUCCGAUCACGAGUCCACCGGGAAAGAUCUUCGGGCGCAACAACAACGGCAUCAUGGUUGUCACAUCGACCCCUUCGAAUGAAGCUGAACUUCAGCUGUACCGCGUGCUGCAGAGGGCCAGUCUGCUGAACUACUACGACACACUGCUGGAGAUGGGUGGAGACGACGUGCAGCAGCUGUGCGACGCUGGUGAGGAGGAGUUUCUGGAGAUUAUGGCCCUGGUCGGGAUGGCCUCGAAGCCACUGCACGUGCGCCGGCUGCAGAAGGCCCUGCACGAGUGGAUGACCAACCCGUCCGCAUUCCAGGCUCCACUGACCAACGUCGACAUCCCGUCGCGCAUUCCGUACAGCCCGGAACCUGGCUCGAUUGCGCGCAGCGUUACAGCGGCGGGCACCGGCGGGGCGUACGGAGGUGCGGCGACGGUUGCCGGCAGCUUCUCCAAUCUCCAAGCCAGUGCGUCCUCCAGUACCUCCCUCCCGCUGACGCCAGCGACACCGCUUCCGACGGCUUCCUCGUCGGUUGUUGCGGCGGCGGCUGCAGUAGCAGCGGCGGCGGCGGCCACUUCCUCCAACAUCGGCCACCUCGGCGGUUCCGUCGGUGGCGGCGGUCACCAUCAUCAUCACCUGCUUCACCAUCAGCACCACCACCACCAUGCACUCGGAAGCGGCGGAAACCUCGCCGGAACCAUCUCGAGCCAGAUCGGAUCGACGACCAGUGGGUCGGUGCAGCUAACACCGGCGCUCACCGAGGACCAGGUGGCGAAGAUUGUCCAGGCAGCGGAACGGCUCUCCCGUACGCUGCCCCGCCUGGAACCGCGGCAGCAGAGCAUCAAAAAGCGAUCGGCACGGGACCUCGAGGCCGUCAUUGCGAUGAGCGACGGUGACCCGCGCCGGAUGGACGAGAUCCGGAAGUUCUCGGCCAUCUACGGGCGCUUCGACUGCAAGCGACGCCCAGAGAAACCGCUCACGCUGCACGAGGUGUGCGUCAACGAGGCGGCCGCCCAGAUCUGCAAGUACAUUCCGGCCCUGCUGACGCGACGCGACGAGCUGUUUCCGUUGGCUCGCCAAGUCGUGCGCGACUGUGGCUUUGGCCAUUCCGCCAGCAUACGACUGACUGGUCUUAGUCAAACGCAACCGAACCGGGGCGACGAGCUUGACACCGUGCAACAAAUGAAGCGGGCCCGUCUCUCCAGCGACACCAGCUCCGACAUGGGCAAGGAAAACUCGGACGAUAAUCGGGACAUCUCGAGCGGCUCCAUUUACCAGCAGAUCAGUGACAAACCGUUCGACUUAACUGAUUCAAGUAAAUUUUCAUACACUCGAUCCGAAUUUGAUGACACAGAUUCUCGAUUUAGUUUUAGCAAUUCAAGUUCGUCACCAGUUCAAGCUGGAAAUGGAGCCGACCGAGAUCUGAGCGAUCCCGACUUUGGCGAUCUCCGCACGCACACCCCGCGGACCCUCGAUCCUACCGCUGGCUCACUGGGCGUCCAGGUCAUUUCGUCGUCCGGCGGUCACAUCAUCGCCGUCGCUAAUCCUGCCCUUGCUCUCAGCCCGGCCCUCAGCGAAGCCAUCUCCAUCAAGCGGGAAGCCAUGUCGCCGGAUCUCUGA